AGCAACGGCUUUGCCAUCUAUGAGAACUGUGCCUACUUUAGGGGUUUUUACUGAGCCCCUGGGAGAGGUUCCUCCUCAGCAGAGGAGACAGAAGCAGGGGAGCAUUCGUGGUGGAAACAAAGCUAGCAGCGGGCACUCUCCAACACACCUCGUGUGGUUGUCAGGAGCUCUGGAUGACGGCUGGAGGCCCAACACAGUCCCAACAGGUGGCGGCCAAGGUGUUGUACUGACGAUGAGUGGGUGUUUUCCUGUCGCUGGCCUCCGAUGCCUGUCUAGGGUAUGUCGAGGCCUGGUUCAGGAAGCUUCUACCUCCCCAGGCCCCACUGCUUCUCCUGCUGCACGCUUCCUUCGCUUCCUUCGGACUCUGGCUGAAACCCCACCCGCUGACGUGCUCCUCCCAGGGAAUUGGUCUUGGAUGUGCCAGCGCCUCUGGCCGCGGCCCGCUAAUGAGCCUCUCCCGGGCCGGCCCGCGCCGCGCCCCCUCUCGCUUGCUCCCUCCUCCUCCUCCUGCUCCUCUCCCCCCUGCUCCCAGGACGACGGCGGGAUGGCGGCGCAGGAUGCCCCGCGCUUCCUCCUGACCUUCGACUUCGACGAGACGAUCGUGGACGAAAACAGCGACGACUCGAUCGUGCGCGCCGCGCCGGGCCAGCGGCUGCCCGAGAGCCUGCGGGCCACUUACAGGGAGGGCUUCUACAACGAGUACAUGCAGCGUGUCUUCCAGUACCUGGGCGAGCAGGGAGUGCGGCCGCGGGACCUGCGCGCCGUCUACGAGGCCAUCCCCCUGUCGCCGGGCAUGAGCGACCUGCUGCAGUUUGUGGCCAAGCACGGCUCCUGCUUCGAAGUUAUUCUCAUUUCCGAUGCCAACACCUUCGGCGUGGAGAGCGCGCUGCGCGCCGCCGGCCACCACGGCCUGUUCCGCCGCAUCCUCAGCAACCCGUCGGGGCCCGACGCGCGGGGGCUGCUGGCGCUGCGGCCCUUCCACACGCACAGCUGCGCCCGCUGCCCCGCCAACAUGUGCAAGCACAAGGUGCUCAGCGACUACCUGCGCGAGCGGGCCCACGACGGCGUGCACUUCGAGCGCCUGUUCUACGUGGGCGACGGCGCCAACGACUUCUGCCCCAUGGGGCUGCUGGCGGGCGGCGACGUGGCCUUCCCGCGCCGCGGCUAUCCCAUGCACCGCCUUAUCCAAGAGGCGCAGAAGGCCGAGCCCAGCUCCUUCCACGCCAGCGUGGUGCCCUGGGAGACGGCCAUCGACGUGCGCCUCCAUCUGCAGCAGGUGCUGAAGACGUGCUGAGGACCGCGGCCUGCAGGGGGCGCCCGGGCGGAGAAAGGGGCGUGGUGGGAGAUCGGGAAAGACAAACCUAGUUUUAUGACUCCCUUUUCCCUAUCGCUUCGGUACGUACGUACCUCCGGGAGUUCUGGCCUCGUCGGUCUGGGGGCUGGGGGAGAGAGUUCGGAGCCGUCCCUAUCUAUGCAGUUAACCCAGCUCGGCUGCCGCCUCCCAGUUCCACCGCAACAUUAAAUUCCAGAGUUUGGCCCCCACCGGGGUGGUGCGCACACCCGGAAGGCAGCAGUGUUUUCCCAAAAACCCUGUCCUCCGAACUGGGAGGAAGGGGUUCCCUGGCAGGGGAGAAAGGAACAUCUCCCGCUGCUUUAUCUGCUGCCUUGGACCUGGAAACCUUCCCUCCCCGCAGUCUCUCCUGUCAAGGGGACUUCGGUCCCGAAGUCCUCCAGGGCGCGCCGGCGUCCCAGCG